AUGUCCUUCGGCGCUACCUUCUCACACCGCCUGUCAACGUCUGCGCCCUCCGGUGGCAGAAGCAGCUUCGAACGAGGAAUCGCGGACCUCGAAUGCCGCUUGCGGUUCGUUUCUUGCCGCGUACUAGAGUGGAGGCAGUACGGCGACAUGGAUGACCAGAGCGUGUGCAAGACAUUCCGAAGGUACCUCUGCGACGAGAUCGAGAAGCAGAUAUUGGCAAAUGUGAAGCUCUCCGCUUCCUUGGUCCGUCGCUGUGAGAUCGCAAGCCAGCACGUACCCCAGUCGUGGGCUAACCUUAAGCCCUUGAAUGUCGUCGCUGAGAAGUUGGAAAGGCACAUCGCCGCGGGCGGACGCCACCUCGAAGUCUGGCGCGACAACAUCAUCUACUUAACCUCAGACUACGUCGACGCCUACUGCAUGGAAGUCCUGCUGGACCUGGUCAGAGACGAGACUGCGACACUGCUCGUACGCACCUCAGAGCUUCGCACCAUCGAGGCGGAGCUGUGUGGUAUCAUCAGUACCGCCGAAAGUCUAGGGCCUGCGGGGCUCAGCAUAUUCACUACUCGGCCGGUGAAACAGUUGAAUACUGGGCCUCCUAGCAUGUACGGAGCCCAGAUCAUCUCUUCGCUCGCGUCCUCGGGCUAUCAUACAUUCCAUGCACCUCAACGGGUCAAACGAGGCUCCGCAUCAUAG